UUAAAUAUGACAUCAUUCUUUUGUCUGUGUCAAUGUUUUAUCAAACAGGACACUGAAUGAGCAUUAAGGCUUUGGGCUGGAAAUGCUCCCACAGAGAGAGAAAUAAUGGAUGAAAAAGAGAGUAAACAAUGUAGACAAUAUUAUUUAAUGUAUUUCUAGAAGUAAAACUGUAAGAGCAAGGAGAGGUAAACCAUAGGAUGUGAAUGCCGAGGACUUAAAAACUACAGGAAUAAGAAGAAACUUCAGAUAAAGAAAAGUGGAAUGUUUUUUUCUUCUUUGAAUUUGCAAUGCCUCAUCUUAUUUGCACCCUUUUCAUCGCAUGACUAAACGGACCACUGGAAUGAAAGAUGACUGAUACACAUUAAUUUUUGUGGAUUGGAAGACAUGAUCCUUGCAUUAAAGCUGCUGUUUUUCACCUGCAUUUGGCCUACUUUGGUUUUAGCCUAUAACAGUGAUCAUCGUAAUCAUUGCUAUAGCCACCAUCAUCCUCAAAGGUCAUUCAUGAAAAGACAUAACAGCAAACAACAAUUUAAGGCAAGGAAACAAGACAGCACUAAAGUACCACCAAUGAAAUCAGAGCAACUUCUCCAUAUAGAGAACCAUGAUUUUGCCAUGAGACCUGGCUUUGGAGGAUCACCAAUUCCAGUUGGUAUUGAUGUGCAAGUAGAAAGCAUUGACAAAAUUUCAGAAGUUGACAUGGAUUUCACAAUGACUUUGUAUCUCAGGCAUUACUGGAAGGAUGAAAGACUCUCAUUUCCUAGUACCAGAAACAAAAGCAUGACAUUUGAUGGAAGAUUAAUAAAAAAGAUUUGGGUACCUGACACAUUUUUUGUUCAUUCUAAAAGAUCUUUUAUCCAUGACACAACCAUGGAGAAUAUUAUGUUACGUAUCUAUCCAGAUGGCAAUGUGCUCUUCAGUUUACGGAUAACAGUUUCAGCCAUGUGUUUCAUGGACUUCAGUAGAUUCCCACUUGACACUCAGAAUUGUUCUCUAGAGUUGGAAAGCUAUGCUUACAAUGAAGAAGACUUGAUGCUCUACUGGAAACAUGGCAAUGAAUCUUUAAGUUUAGAUGAGUACAUUUCUCUUUCUCAGUUUUUCAUUGAAGAAUUUAGUGCUUCUAGUGGAUUAGCAUUCUACAGCAGUACAGGUUGGUACAAUCGACUUUUUAUAAACUUUGCUCUACGGAGACACAUUUUCUUUUUUGUUUUGCAAUCCUAUUUCCCCUCUAUGUUGAUGGUGAUGCUAUCUUGGGUUUCCUUUUGGAUAGACCGAAGAGCUGUUCCUGCAAGAGUAUCACUAGGUAUAACUACUGUGCUGACAAUGUCAACCAUAAUUACUGGAGUAAGUGCCUCAAUGCCCCAGGUGUCUUAUAUAAAAGCUGUGGAUGUAUAUUUAUGGAUCAGCUUCCUUUUUGUCUUCCUAUCUGUUAUUGAAUAUGCAGCUGUAAAUUAUCUCACAACAGUGGAAGAAAGAAAACAUCUGAAAAACAGAGGAAAGGUUGCUGGGUUAUAUAACAUUGAUGCAACGCAAGCCAUGGCCUUUGAUGGGUGCUAUCAUGAUGCUGACAUUGAUCUUGCCACCUUGAGUGUACUUUUGGAAGAGGGAGCAGCAUGCGAGCGAGCACCCAGCAUCACCCAUCUGGGUCAAGGUCCCUUAAAAAGAAAAAGGGUUUUGAAAAGAACUGUGGGCAGAAUUAUUUUGCAGAAUAACCACGUCAUUGAUAUGUAUUCCAGGAUUGUAUUUCCUGCUAUAUAUAUUGUAUUUAAUUUUUUUUACUGGGGUUUAUAUAUAUAA